CGCCCCUCCUCGCCUCCCGCCGCAAUCUUGGCGGGAAGGCGCCGGCAGCUGAGCGGCAGAGACAUGUCCGGGGCCGGAGCGGCUGCUGAGAAGGCAGGCUCCAGACCGCGACCCUCGGUGAAGGUGAAUGACUAUAAAGAAAAUCAAAACAUCGCCUAUGCAUCUCUGAGACCAGUACAGACUACAGUUUUAGGAAAAACAGCUAAGGUUUAUCUUGCCCCCUUUUCACUCAGUAAUUACAAGUUAAACCAGCUUAAAUGCCCCAAGUCCCUAUUAGAAAAGAAUUCUAACAAUGAAAUGGCAUGUAAGAAGUGUAAGAAGACUAAAAUAAAGAAAUCUUGCAGAAGGACUUUAAUUCCAAAGAUGAAAAGCACAUCUUCUGAUUCAGAAUCCACUCUACAAAAAUUAUCCUUAGAUGUUUCUACAGAAAGUAGCAAGCUACAAUGCAAGACCACUUCAAACGCUGUAAUACUCAGUGUUGAUAUGGAAAGCAGUCAGGAUGGAGACAGUGAAGAAGAUACCAUACCAGGCCUGGAUGAUUUUUCAGGAUUGUCACCGUAUGAAAGGAAGAGACUGAAGAACAUAUCAGAAAAUGCAAACUUUUUUACUUCUCUUCAGUUGUCUGAGUCAGCUGCAAGACUCCGUGAAAUGAUAAAGAAGAGACAGCCUCCUGAAUCCAAGAGAAAGAAGCCUAAGAAGAGAGAAAAUGGGAUUGGAUGUAGAAGGUCAAUGCGAUUACUAAAAGUCGAUCCUUUGGGAGUUUCAUUAUCACCAACUCCAACACAGCCAACAUUAAUAGCAGAUGAAACUCCUUUGUUACCUCCUGGACCUUUAGAAAUGAUUCCUGAUAAUCGAGAUGACAAUGAUGAUCUAUUUAAAGGGUCUCUGCAGACAUGGACAGAAAUGAGCAAGACUAGUAGUAAGAACACUGAGAAGGGGUUGUCUAGCAUUAAAAGAUACAAAGCCAAUUUAAAUGGCAUGGUCAUUAGUAAAGAUACUGUUUACAAAGUUACCAAAGGCCCAAUAUUCUCUGUGGCCCUCCACCCAUCAGAAACUAGAACUUUGAUAGCAGUUGGGGCCAAAUUUGGGCAAGUUGGACUUUGUGAUUUGACCCAGCAACCUAAAGGAAAUGGGGUUUAUGUUUUUCAUCCCCAUAGUCAACCAGUUAGCUGUCUUUACUUCUCACCUGCCAAUCCGGCCCACAUACUGUCACUGAGCUAUGAUGGCACGUUACGCUGUGGGGAUUUUUCCAGGGCUGUUUUUGAAGAGGUAUAUAGAAAUGAAGGAAGCAGCUUUUCCUCCUUUGACUUCCUGGCAGAAGAUGCCUCCACUUUAAUAGUAGGACACUGGGAUGGAAAGAUGUCACUGCUGGAUAGAAGGACACCUGGAACUUCUUAUGAGAAACUUAUUAAUUCAUCUUUGAGCAAAAUUAGAACUGUUCAUGUCCACCCAGUGCAUAGGCAAUAUUUUAUCACUGCAGGAUUGAGGGAUAUUCAUAUUUAUGAUGCAAGACGCCUGAAUUCCAGAGGAAACCAGCCUUUGGUCUCUUUGACUGAACAUACAAAGAGCAUUGCUUCUGCCUAUUUUUCACCUCUUACUGGUAACAGAGUGGUGACCACAUGUGCUGACUGUAAACUGAGAAUUUUUGACAGCAGCUGUAUAGCCUCUCAGAUUCCUCUCCUUACCACCAUCAGGCACAACACCAUCACUGGGCGAUGGCUGACCAGGUUCCAAGCUGUGUGGGACUCUAAACAAGAAGAUUGUGUUAUAGUUGGCAGCAUGGCCCAACCACGACGGGUGGAAAUUUUCCAUGAGACAGGAAAGAGGGUACAUUCUUUUCUUGAUGGAGAACACCUUGUCUCUGUGUGUUCCAUCAAUGCUAUGCACCCGACUCGGUAUAUUUUGGCUGGAGGUAAUUCUAGUGGGAGGAUACAUGUUUUUAUGAAUUAAAAAAGCUGCGAGGUUUUUGGUUUAGGAACAUCAGUUUGUUAGAUUGAUCACCGUCUAAGGGUCCUAGUAAUUCACAUGGCUUAGUGUAUUUACUUGGUAAUGUGUUAUAUUUAGCAAAUGUAAAAUUGCUUUAUUAGUAAGGACUAUGAGCAGAAUGUACUUUUAAUAAGAGAGAAGUCUUGGAAGUUGUUUCUGUAGGAUGGGGAGGAAAUUUGAUGAGAGGCUGAGGAGUCUUUAGCACUUUUAACAGGCAGUAUGUUGAGAAAUUCUAACGUUAUAAGUUAUAAAGCUUUGAAUGGCCAGUAUUAAACGUUUUUGUGAUCUCAUGAUGUGGUUUUGAUUUUAUAGUGAUACAUUGAUUUGUGGUUUAUUUUAUAGUUUGGAGUGAAUAUUUAUUUCUAGAUGCACACACUGGAAAGGGUCCUUGAAAGGUCAUCUAACUCAGUGAUUUCAAAACUUAAUUUUUUAAACUGAGAAUCUUUUUUUGCUUCCGCCUUUAAGUUAAGUCUUACCCGAAACCCUAAGAUAAUUGCUGAGAAGCUUUGUGUGCAUGCUUUCCUUUCCCCGUCCUCGCAGAGCCAGGAAUCCCAGGGCUCCUAGGUACAGGAUUUGGAACUAUCCUAAUCCCUAUACUGUAUUCCAGUGUAAGACUGCCCUCAGACCAAUAUUCUCCAGACUAUGGGUGUGUAGCCCCUCUUCACAUGAAAUCAGUUAAAUGGCAACUACUAGUGUUUAAGACAACAAAAAGGAAGAAAGUAGUAAAGAACAGAAAAUAUAGUUUGAAUAAGUGUUGUUUUGUAAUAGUUACAUAUGCAUAUAUAUUUGAAGUUAUGUAUGUUUACAUGCAUUCUGAUGUAAAAUGUGUUUUUUAAUUACUGUGGUACUGUGGGUCAUAGUCAAAGUGAAAACUACUUUUUAGAAUGUCCUAGAUACCCUUAUCUAUUCCUGUCUUUAAAUUCUCCAGAGAAAAUACAGAAGCCUGUUAAGUGAAUACCUUCAUUUCUACUCAUAUUUUGGAGAAAUAUUAUGAAAUACUCACCACUUUUGGUAUCUCUUUAUACAAAUGUUUUCUUUUCAGAAGUUAUUGUAAUUUUAAUGUUUCUUUUGUUAAGAGAGGGAGCCACUAAAUUAGUGACUAAUAUUACUGGUCUUCCUAUCCAACUUUCUUCAUUGUUAUUCAUUGCUAAACUACUACUGAAAGAUUUGCAAAUAGCUUUGGCAACAUGUUUGAAUUCUAAGAAGAAAUAUUAUCUUCUGGUACUGGUAAUUAUAUAUGACAAAUAAAGUGAUGUAUAAUUUC